CCAUUAUUUCUUCUCAGGGUGAAGAAUUUGAAAAGAAUGUUUGACCAUCUCGAUGUCAACAUAUUUCGGUGGUUAAUUAUAUGGACGACAUGUGUAGGCUGCUGCUGGAUGUCGAAGCCACGUGUUGUGGACUGCCCUUCGACCAAAUAAUGAAACCGCAUACUUCCCCGCAACCAGUAUUUGAAGUGCCCGGUGGAUCGGCCCCAACGACGUUGCGUCUCUACCGGCCACCAAAAUGCCUUCCGCCAGUCCAUUUGAGGGAGGACUUAUUUGCGGCAUCAACAAAUCGACGGAGUCUUCGUCGUCUGUCGUCAUUGGCGGAGGCGCCGGCAGUGGUUGGGAUUGCGACGAGUAUUUCCCCAUGUGCGAAGACCUGUUCACCUACACGGUCAGCGUCGUCCACAACAACAACAACAAUGGUAGCAACAACAAUUCGAUUGCACCGCAUCUCGGCCAUCAGCUCGUCAAUAGCGCCAGUAAUCAUCACGAAGGCCAGCCGCAACAACAACAACAACACUUGGCGGUGGAUGUCUCGCCGGAUGCAUCCGUCGUCGGUCAGCACCACCACCACCACACGCAAACCCACCACGUCCAGCAGCAGCAGCAGCAACAGCAGCAGCAAGCCCACGACUUUAUGGUUCACUUGAUGCCGCUAGGUGGCGUUGGCGACCAGACUAACCCGACUACCAACAAUAAUAAUAACAACAACAAUAACAGCAUGAAAAACAAUUCAAUCACCUCCCACAAGACGAUUCCAGUCUUUUCCAGCGGUUUUUCAAAUGGAGCCUGGGAGAAGAAAUUGCCGGCCGAUUGGGACGAGAGCGACACGAUCGAUUGGCUCUUUACGGUCGCCAAUAAACUGGGCAUCCCGUGCGAAUAUUUCGCCAGUUUCGGCCACCUCAGAGGGAGCAAUUUACUGGAGAUGAACAAAGACGAUUUCCAAUCGAAGUAUCCGAAUCACGGGUAUAAAUUUUACGAGGCCUUUCGGCAACUCGUCCAUCAAAUUCAGUUGCAGCAACACAGUCCGGCCAUCAUGGAUACCAGCACCGACCUGCUGGGCCUACAGAAUACGCCGGCGGUGCAUCACCACCAUCAGGUGCACCAAACCAACAAUGUCGAUUGUUGGUCGAUGCUGCCUCCUCCGUCGAUGGAGCAGAAUAACUACGCCUCCACCGCCGCCGCCAACGGCCAGCCACCGGAAAAUGGAAUGAUGGCUAAUGGCGGUUAUUGCGGGCCGGCACACGAGCGCGGCCAACACCAGUACACCAACAACAGCGCCAUGGACUCUUCGUCGUCUUAUAUUUACCUGAACGCUUCGGCGAAUCUCCACCAUCACAGUCAUCAUCAUCAUCAUCAACAACAACAACAACAUCAACAACAACAUUCUGCCAACAGUAAAACUCUUGGUGGUUACGGUAGCGAUCCGAUCCAGCUGACGAAUUUCCAGCAGCACCACCAUCACCCCCACCUUCACCACCAGCAACAGCAACAGCAACAACAACACGAGAGCUACGAUUCUUACUCGCUGGACAUGAUGGGCGCCGAUCAUUAUUCGGAGAAUUAUUCAAACAGCACGCCGUCUUCGGAUCCGGAGGAGAUGAUGGCCGCCAGCGAUUCGGGCAUUUCACCUCGGAUGAUGGCCAACAGCAGUUCGCCCAACGCGACCGGCUUGUUGAAGCGAGUGGGCAGGCCGAGCACGUCGGCCAACAAGGCGGGCACUAGCUCGAGUUCGAGCAGCAGCAGCAGCAGCCGGCGCAGGAAGCAGGACAGGGGCUACGGCAAGCUGUGGGAAUUCAUCCGCGAUCUUCUUCACGACCCAAAGUACUGCCCCAGUAUGGUCCGCUGGGAAGACGUCAACGACGGUGUUUUCCGCAUCGUUCAAAGUGAAAAGUUGGCCAACUUGUGGGGCACCAUCAAGAACAAUCCGCGCAUGACGUACGAAAAACUCAGCCGGGCGAUGAGGUACUAUUACAAGAGUAAAGUGUUCCUACCUGUGCUCGGCCGUCGCCUGGUCUACAAAUUCGGUCCGCACGCCGUCCUUUGGAAGCCGGACAACCCGAAUUUCGAGCACCCGACGAUGGAGGGGGACGACGUCAGGCACAGCGUCAGGACGUGAUUUUCGACAGCUGUUUUUUGACGCUAGCACGGAAUUUGUAAUUAUUACCUCAUUCAGUGGUUGUUUUUUUUUUUUUUUUUAUUUGGAUACAUAACAAGGGACCCUCUAUGUACACAUUGCCAAAAAAACAAAACAAAAACAAAAGAACGUUUUAUUCCUCGUCUUGUUUCUUUUCUUUUCUUUUUUCUUUUUUCUUUUCUUUUUUUUUUUUUAGAAGAAUAGAAAAAGAA